AUCCUCAACUAUCUCGCGCUGCAUCGUGUCGGUCUAUCCGAACUUCUAAGCUAUGUUCUCAUGCAAAACUAUCAGGAUGUGUCUGGGAACCCUGUCUUUGACGACCUUGUUAACAACACGAAGGUCAUCAUUGCAUCCCUCUUCUAUCACCCUGCCACAGAAGAAAGCACUCGAGACUGGUCACAUAGACGGGUCCUCUUGGAUCACCAGAAGUCCGUCCGGAGUCUUUCUCGCCGCGAAGGUGGAUGGCAUUUCUCUGCCGCAAACGCGUCUCCGAACCAGCUGGCCGAGUUCCAGCUCGAAGAUUAUGCCCGCGAUCUGGAGGAACGUGCGCCACGGCUGUGGGAGCUUAUCCGAGAGUUACUCGCA